GUGAGUAAAGUACUAGUCAGAACACAACGCGAGCCACAAGGAAAGGAAAUUCAUACGGAACAUCUAUCACCAGAGGAUAUUGCUAAUGAAGUACAGGAUUUGGAAAAUGAAUUAGAGGGACUUCAGGCUGCCCAUGCUGAAGAGAUGGAAUCUAUGCAAUCCAAAUUUGAAUAUCAAUUAAAAUUACUUCGAGAACGUCUGCAGCAUGAAGAAAAUCGGCGGAAAAAAGUACAGGAGGAGUUGCAAACAUUGAAUUCUUUAAAUGAUCAUUCGUUAUCUGCAAUGAAGAAAACUCAUGAGGAAAUGUUGGCGGAACAAAGACGACAUUAUGAGGAGCAAAUUGCUGCACUGCAUGAAGAGUAUGCAGCAGAAUUGCAGGAAGAAAAGAAAGCUACUAGAAUGGCGUUAGAUGCUGUACAACGAGCGCAUGAUGCUGAAUUGAGAAAUAUUAAUGAAAAAGUUCGCAGUAUUGGUGUUAACAGUGUAACCAAAACUCAAACAAACAUUUCUGCGGAAUCAAGAACGGAUAUACAGUCUACAAGACAGAGCAAAAUGUUGGAGCAAAUGAGUGCUGAAUUAGCUCAAUUGUCGGCGUUGUACUCGGCAAAAUGUCUCGAGAAUUCUCAGCUCGAUGAGAAGAUGUCUUUAUUGCUGGCCGACAAAGAAAAUCAGUCAUCUUUAAAUGAUGUAGAAGUGCAAAAUCGACGCUUGUAUCGUGAAAUUCGGCAAAAAGACAUAAUAAUUGAAGAGCUGAGGAAGACGGUGGCAUUUCUGCAGCGCCGAGCUGUUGAUUUAACCGGUGAAGAACUUGCAAUUAAAUAUGAAUUACCAAGACGACAGAAUCGCAGAGUAACACAACCAGCAACUGUCGUCUCAUCGAUUUGGCGUCUACCAUCCGGUCAAGGGGUCAAAUUUCGAAGAAAUCGCCAAAUGACACCAAAAAUGACUUCAAGACGUAAUGAUAUUCGAUUCCAUAGCAAUCCAGCAAUACCGGUGAGUGAGAUGAAAAAUGAUUAUCCGGCUAGUGAGUUACGACGUUCGAUGAUUAUUCCAGUUAGCGAGCGUCGGAAAUUCUUUGAAACGAUCGCUGAAUACAGUCAUCCUUUCUGA